AAAAAGAUUUGAAAGACUUGAAUAAAAGGAUUAAGAACUUAGAACAAAGCAAAAAGAAAGCCGACGGUGAAAAUCAAUUGCUGCUGUCCUUUUUAUUGAAUGAAAUCGGUAGUAAGGAUUUAGAUAAUUUAAAAGAAUUAUUAGCAGGACAAAAACUUACUGAGAUAUUAGCAGAAUUAGAUAACCGAAAGCAGGAAAUUCAAAAAGUAAACCUUGAUUUAAAAAUAACAAGAGAAGAAUUAUCAAACGUAAGCGUUAAAGCGCAAGAAAAGGAAGUUAAAGCCAAGCAAGAAAUUAUUAUUGUUGCACAAUUUUCUUAUGUCGUUAAUUAUCAUAGUCAAAGCAAAGUCAAUAUGGACACGAUAAUGGUUCGAAAUGGUAAAGUAGAAUCUUUAUCCAAUUAUAGGAUUUCAGAAAUCUUUUCUCAAGACUCGUCAACCACAAUUUUUGAGGUUUUUAAACGAAAAGUUCCAAAUUUUUAA